AUGACUCCGCAGGCUUCCAACAACGGCCAUGGCCGAGGGCAUGCUGAUCUCGAGGCGGAGAUCCUAGCCGCCCUAUGGGAAGAAGUUCCUUUCCCUCGCCUCCCGUACGACGCGCCGCCCGAGCUGAAAGAACUGGUCGUCGAAAUCGAGAAUCCCAGACGAGUAUACUCAAUACACCGUGCGACGCGCCGACACAAUCUGCAACUGCUUGUCGAGAAGUUCAUAUCACAAUUACGCUAUGGCUGCGGCUACGACGAUUGCCCAACAUCAUCAUGCUUCAGCUGCAGGAGGCGCCUGGCUGGCAAGGCUCCCAUACGACGAUACAGUCCCGUGAGUGCGCGCACGUUGGCUAUCCACAUGGCAAGCCAGGACAAUCCAGAACAGUACCUGUGCCCCAAUCUCGACACGAAAAGGAAUCCUAGCGACGCCAUCAAGCCUUUGAUCUUUGGACCAAAACCUCGCAUCACGAAAAGCCAUCCUGGCGAAAGUCGGAAAGUGAAGAGGUCAAAUGCCAGUCCGCGUAAUGUCUCGGCAGAGGAAAGGGAGAACAUCCGCCGUCACUUGCCGCCCACUCAAGAGAAUCCAGCGUCAAAGCCGAGCCUGGUGGCAUCGAAGCGCAACCCAACCCAAAAGAAAACUCAUAAUCAUGGUCAGGAAUCCGAGUUCGACCUGUCGCCGCCUUCGAAUGAGGUCCAGGGGGUUUCCAUAAACGAACGGCCUGUUCGCAAGGACUACCGUUCAUUUGCAGCAAAUGUCUUCGGAUCGGUCGCAUACAAAAUGUUGGAAUGGAUGACACCCAGCAAUAUCGACGCCAUAUCUGACAAGGCUGCCGCGAUCCUGGAGCAAAGAGCCCACCCCGGCGGCAACAAUGAACGUUCAACACCAAAUGACUCUGACGAUGAACUGUUCGUGCCCUCAAAUAACUCAUCAGCUGAGCUGGAGGACUCGGACUUGUCACCAAGGCAGAAUAUGGAUCGUGACCAAGACCCAUGGAUCCUCGAACCGAUUUCUUUAACCGAUCCGCGACGAGACACUUCAUCAUUGAACGGCAAUAGCAAUGCUAAUGGCAGCACGCGCCCGCCUCAAUCAAGGACGAAUUCAGGUAAUCGGGCUCGGACCCCAUCGAAGCCCAAGUCACUAUCAAUGGACCAUGCCGCAGGAGUUCGAGUAGAUGGCAACAUACACGAGCCUAUUUCUCCCAUAUCCAUAAGCGGUUUCAGUAAAGUCCCAUUAGACCAAGAAAAUCCGGGCGGAACAGCUGAAGCGGAGCUCCCGCAGUCAUUGUCACGCCUCAACACGGAUUUAAUCGAUUUCCUCUGUGACGUUCUGCAACAGGAUGGGACAUUGGAAAGUCACCUGCUUGAACCGCCGACCAUUUCUAGACCCUUCAAGGGUUCCAAGUCUUCGAAUCCUCUAAGAAGGCAGAAAACUAUGCAAAAGACAAGUCCCCAGCACCUAAAAUUUGAGUGGAAAUUGUUUGUUGAACAAAGCAUUUUCAAUGUUCUCAGCGAUCCUUGUGCCAUUCUUGCGUCAUUUGCGACACAGGACGGUCUAAUCGACUCGCAAACGCUGUGGUAUCGCAUGUUACGAAUGACCAGAGCUGCGCCAAGCUUGGUAUUCGACAGUCUGUGGCAAGCAUCGGCAAGCCUGUUUGCUCCACCGAAGGCUCUGCGGUCACCGCGAUCACUUAACGCUACCCUUGUCCCUAAGCAUCACAGGAUUUCUCUGUCAAAUGAGGAAGCUGGGUUCUUGUUGUCGGUUUGUUUUCACGCUCUUGUAGCCGCAGCUCCUCUUGUGGACAAUGCAACAGAACUUUUUGAUAUGUCACGGAAUCGAUCGCGUGGCUCCAGCACUGGGCAGAACAUUCCAUUAUUUCUCGAGUAUGAGGAUGCAUUUACCGACGAGUUGGCCGUUCGAUUAGCCAGGAGGCUUCUCGCGGCCAUUUCAACGCGCAUAUACUUCGAUGAUCUCGCAGAGCAAGACAGAGACCCCGAAGAGGGUUCAGAGCACACAGCUGUUCUCGAUAUUUUCCUUUCACACCUAGAACCUGGCAGAGACAUUUCCUCGGCCUUGCCAGAUUUCCCAUUUACUGAACGCGAGAUACACGAGAAACGCGUCCCAAUCCUACUUCUCGACUGGGCACGUACUGUUAUGCUUUGUGAAUGGCAGGGAAAUCCGGAGGUCCCGGGUGACGGCCCAUUUGGUGGCGCUCUCUCACUGAUUGCUGCCAUGCACCAAAAACGCAAGUCCCUGCUCCUGGGAGAUGCCGUCUUCCGCACCGAGUAUUUCGGGGACAGACUAGAUUCCAUUGAAACGCCGGUUACUUGGCUGGCGUGCAAUACUUCAAGGCAAAAAGCCCAUCUCCUUGAUCAUCCAUACAUGUUCUCUUCUCCUUCACUAGUGACCUACUUUCGCGCAAUCAACUUUUCACGAAUGAGUCGGGCCUACGAGGAGUCUAGCUCACUGCAGACCAGGAUAAGUGCAAUAGUUGCGCCAGAUAGUCUCGUGACUGAUCGACACCAGAAAGAUGUGCUUCAGGAUUUGCUCAAGGUCGCCUCUUCGAAGUUCCUAAUUCUUGAUAUUGGCAGAAAGACAGUUAUCCGGGACGCGUUCGAUCAGUUAUGGAGGAGGCAAGAGCGCGAACUUCUGCGGCCCUUGAAAAUCCACCUCGGUGAGGAUAGCGGAGAAGAAGGGUUUGAUUCUGGAGGUGUCCAACAGGAAUUCUUCAGGCUUGCCAUUGCGGAAGCCUUAAAUCCAGAUUAUGGUGCCUUUACAGUUGACGACAGGACACGGAUGACGUGGUUCCAGCCCGGAUCAUUACAGCCAGAAUGGAAAUUUGAGCUCGUGGGAUUGCUCAUAUCCUUAGCCGUUUUCAACGGCUUGACACUUCCCAUCACAUUUCCGAAAGCACUAUACAUGAAGCUUCUUAACGAAUCCGUCACGGAGCUUCACCAUAUUGCAGAUGGCUGGCCGGAUCUUGCCAAUGGGCUCACAACAUUACUCGAAUGGGACGAAGCCGAUGGUUCAGUGGAAGACAUAUUCGCACGCACUUACGAGUUCUCAAUCGAUAUGUUCGGCCAACCUAUAUCGCGCCAAAUGGAGCCAACCAAUAAUAUCUCCUGGCCUCAAUUCCCUCAGUACCCAUCCGCUGAAACGCUUGCUUCAGGAAACCCUGAAGAUGCACCACUCGUUACCGGCGACAACCGUGAAGCCUACGUGAGCGACUAUAUCCGCUACCUCACGGACAUUAGUGUCGCGCCUCAAUACAAAGCAUUCGCACGCGGGUUCCGCACUUGUCUCAGCACUAAAUCGUUACGACUACUCACGCCGCCACUCCUACAAUCCAUGGUUGAGGGUACCCAGGAAAUUGACAUUGCCGAGCUUCGUCGUGCAGCACGUUAUGUAGGCUGGGAUGCCUCACACCGUACUGUGCGCGACUUCUGGAGCAUCGUCAAGCGCUACGACGACCAUAUGAAGCGCAAGCUGCUUGAAUUCGUCACGGCGAGCGAUCGUGUGCCUGUCGGUGGGAUGCGAAAUGUCCAAUUCGUUGUUCAGCGCAAUGGCGCCGAGGAGGGCGACGCGGGGCAUUUACCAACCGCCUACACGUGUUAUGGUACCCUGCUGUUACCAGAAUACAGAGAUAGGGAAGUGCUGAAGGAGAGGCUAGGGAUGGCAUUGGAAAAUGCGCAGGGCUUUGGCUUUGCCUAA